AUGAUGCGUCUUGUUAACGGUGCGUCUACUACUGCGGGCCGAUUGGAAGUCUACUUCAACGGCCAGUGGGGUACGGUCUGUGACGAUGGCUGGUCACUUGAUGAGGCCACCGUAGUCUGCCGUCAACUUGGCCUUGGUGACGCCCAAGAAGCAACCCACAACGCCUCCUUCGGUCCUGGUACCGGAGACAUCCUUCUUGGCAAUGUGAGCUGUUCUGGAAACGAAGAUACUCUGAUGGAUUGCAGCCAUCCACCCGUCGGGACGCAUCAUUGUACACACAUGGAGGAUGCUGGCGUCAUAUGCCGGGCACAAGCUUCGAUUCGGUUGAGUGGAGGAGCCGUCGAUCAUGAGGGUCGUGUAGAGCUCUUCUAUAACAGCGUAUGGGGCACAGUGUGUCACGGUGGCUGGGACCUGAACGACGCCAAGGUGGCUUGCCGGCAGCUAGGCUUCCCUGGCGCUCUAUCGUACACGACCCAUGCGGCUUAUGGAGGUGGCACCGGUCUAGUUCUUCUUAACAACGUAGCGUGCGUGGGUAACGAGGCCGACCUGUGGAGCUGCGGGCAUGCAGGAGUCGGCUCCUUUUGGUGUGGUCAUGGCUCCGAUGCAGGCGUGGUGUGCUCACCAUCAGACAUCGAAGAUCCAGAAGUUAGUUGCCCAAAUAGUGUUCCGUCUCAGGACACAGACCUCGGAAUGUCGUCUGCUGUGGUUACAUGGACACCAAUGCCAUCAGCUACUGAUAAUGUGGACAACUUCACUAUCAACGACAUCACAUGUCAAGAUGAAGCGGGCAAUGUCGUGGAGUCUGAUGGUACUUAUUCAUUGGGCACAACGACAGUGACCUGCCUUGUAUUUGACAGCGCUCACAACAAGGGAUCUUGCAAAUUUGUCAUACACGUUGUAGGUGAGUUUUGUUCAAACAUUUGA